GCGGAGACAGCGGCGAACAGGAUCUGUAAAGUGCUGGCGGUGAACCAGGAGAACGAGCAGCUGAUGGAGGACUAUGAGAAGCUGGCCUCUGAUCUGUUGGAGUGGAUCCGGCGCACCAUCCCCUGGCUGGAGAACCGCCUGCCGGAGAACACCAUGGCGGCCAUGCAGCAGAAGCUGGAGGACUUCAGGGAUUACCGCCGCCUUCACAAGCCGCCCAAAGUGCAGGAGAAAUGCCAGUUGGAGAUCAACUUCAACACGCUGCAGACCAAGCUGAGGCUCAGCAACCGGCCCGCCUUCAUGCCCUCCGAGGGGAAGAUGGUGUCGGACAUCAACAAUGCGUGGGGGGGUCUGGAGGGAGCGGAGAAAGGGUACGAGGAGUGGCUCCUCAACGAGAUCCGCCGACUGGAGAGACUCGACCAUCUGGCCGAGAAGUUCCGUCAGAAAGCAACGAUCCACGAAGCCUGGACUGAAGGUAAGGAGGCCAUGCUGCAGAAGCACGACUACGAGACGGCCUCUCUGUCGGAGAUCAAAGCUCUGCUGAAGAAACACGAGGCGUUCGAGAGCGACCUCGCCGCCCAUCAGGACCGGGUGGAGCAGAUCGCCGCCAUCGCACAGGAGUUAAAUGAGCUGGACUACUACGACUCCCCCAGUGUGAACGCUCGCUGUCAGAAUAUCUGCGACCAGUGGGACGCUCUGGGAGCUCUGACCCAUAAACGCAGCGAGGCUCUGCAGAGAACUGAGAAGCUUCUGGAAACCAUCGACCAGCUGUACCUGGAGUUCGCCAAACGAGCGGCGCCCUUCAACAACUGGAUGGAGGGCGCCAUGGAGGACCUGCAGGACACCUUCAUCGUGCACACCAUCGAGGAGAUCCAGGGAUUGAGCACGGCCCACGAGCAGUUCAAGGCCACGCUGCCCGAGGCGGACAAAGAGCGGCAGGCGAUCCUCGGGAUCCACAACGAGAUCGCUAAGAUCGUGCAGACGUACCACGUCAACAUGGCCGGAACAAACCCGUACACCACCAUCAACCCUCAGGAGGUCAACGCCAAGUGGGACAAGGUGCGGCAGCUGGUUCCUCAGAGGGACCAGGCUCUGAUCGAGGAGCACGCCCGGCAGCAGAACAACGAGCGUCUGCGCAGACAGUUCGCCAACCAGGCCAACGUGAUCGGACCCUGGAUCCAGACCAAGAUGGAGGAGAUCGGGCGCAUCGCGAUGGAGAUGAACGGCACGCUGGAGGAUCAGCUGACUCACCUCCGUCAGUACGAGAAGAACAUCGUCAACUACAAGCCAAAGAUCGACCAGCUGGAGGGAGACCACCAGCUGAUCCAGGAGGCGCUCAUCUUCGACAACAAGCACACCAACUACACCAUGGAGCACAUCCGUGUGGGCUGGGAGCAGCUGCUCACCACCAUCGCCCGCACCAUCAACGAGAUCGAGAACCAGGUCUUAACGAGAGACGCUAAAGGCAUCAGCCAGGAGCAGCUGAACGAGUACCGAGCCUCCUUCAACCACUUCGACAGGGAUCACUCGGGCACUCUGGGUGCGGAGGAGUUCAAGGCCUGCCUGAUCAGCCUGGGCUUCGAUAUCGCCAACGAUGCACAGAAGAGAUCAGGAUUCAUGGAUGCUGAAGACUUCAAAACCUGCCUUAUCUCCAUUGGUUACAACCUGGGUGAGAACGAGUUUUCCCGCAUCAUGAGCAUCGUGGAUCCCAACAGGAUGGGCAUCGUCACGUUCCAGGGGUUCAUCGACUUCAUGUCCCGAGAGACGGCGACACGGACACCCGCCGACCAGGUCGUCGCCUCCUUCAAGGUCCUUGGGCCGGUGGACAAUAACUACAUUUUACCGGACGAGCUGCGCCGCGAGCUUCCUCCGGACCAGGCGGAUUACUGCAUCGCCCGCAUGGCUCCGUACUCCGGGCCGGACGGGGUCCCCGGGGCCCUCGACUACAUGUCCUUCUCCACGGCUCUGUACGGAGAGAGCGACCUCUGAACUCUGACUUCCUGCUUCAUCACCGCCACGUCCUCCUCCUCCUCCUCCAGCACCAACCUCCUGUCCUCCUGCCAUCAUUUUUGUAUCUAGACAAAAGGCACCAGACUCCAUUGAUAGGUCAUUUUACCUGACCAGUGUAUGGGAGUUGCUGGUCCACUGCUGCAUGGAUCAGUUAGUUAGUUUGUGUUGUUGUGUGACUUCUGAGUUUUAAAAGGUUAGUUCAGAGUCCCCGAAAUCCCACAAUAACACAGACUAACUGACUGAAGUAGCAACUCCUGAGUCUGUGAGGUAAUAUUUCAGUUGUUCGAAUGGAGUCUGGUGGGUUUGGAGAGAGUGAUAUAACUUCAUUUCCUGUCAGAUAGGCCGUCUGACAGCGAGGUGAAGGUGUACGCUAUAUUAAGAAUAUUUUCAUUGCUUUACCUUGCUGUCAGACGGUCCUUUCUGUAGUGUAUCGCUCUUUCCAAAUACGGCAUGACCGCUUAACUCUGACCCGACUUCCUGCUUCAUCCCCGCCACCAAACUCCUCUCCUCCUGCGAUCCGUUUUGUACGUCUCUGGCCUUAUCUUUAACCUCCUCCUCCUCCUCCUCCUCCUCCUCUUUCCCUCCCCCCUCCUCUUCCUCACUGUCUCCGUUGUAUUUGCUUCCCACGCAAUGCAGCAGCUCUCCAGGUUUACAAAGAGGGAGAGCGGUAAAAAAAAAAAGUUUGUUAUUUUUCUGUUUUUAUUUUUCUCGUUGUCGUUGUUUUUCUUCAUAAAAUGAAUAAAGUUAACAUAUUUUAUUAUACUGAACAAACAAAAAAAAGAAAGGUAUUUUUCUUCACCCGAUUGAAAAUAAGAGACAAAAAUUGUAAUAAAAGAAAAAUUGCUAAA